AUGCGCUCCCGUCAGGUAGUUCAGACCUUCUUGAAUUAUUGGCCUGCCGAAGGCCCUAUGCAAAGGGAGCUUAUACUGGGCACAGUUGGUGCAUAUCGCCGGCCCAUUGAUACUCGGCCUGUCCUAAUCCAGGAUGUGCGUGGUGAAGAGGGCGCAUUUACCCUGGACGUCCAUGGUUUUCAGUUCAUGAACCAUGUCAGUCAGCAUGUUGCGUUUUUCAAGGAAGCUUCUGUGAAAACACAUAUGUACCCCGAAGCGGAGGAUAUUCUAAAGAGCGUAACUGGUGCCACCCGCGCCCACGUCUUUUCGCAUAUCACUCGCACGGCUCCUUAUGAAAGGGUCGAAGCAAUGGCCGGUUCGACCGACCCGGAUACGAAGGCCACGAGUGUGAUGGUGCCCGCGCGGCAUGUCCAUGUGGAUCAGUCAGAGCCUGGAGCUUUCGAAGUCUUAAAAGACAACAUGUCUGCGUUGGAAGCUGAGCGACUGUUGAAAACUCGAUGGGCUAUCAUCAACAUAUGGCGCCCACUGAAGGCAGUUCCCCGGGACCCUUUGGCUGUGUCAGAUGCACGCUCCUUCAGUGAUGACGAUCUCGUCGAGAUCUAUGGACGGGUUCCUGGCCACGAGAAAAACAAAGACUACGAUGGGGCGACAAAGGGUGGCGGUUUCGGUAUGCUUUACGGCAAGUAUGCACCUGGCCAUAAAUGGUAUUAUAUGUCCGACAUGAAGCCGGAUGAGGUGCUGCUGAUCAAAUGUUACGAUUCGAAGGAUGACAGCCAGACAGCUAGACGAACGCCUCAUACAGCCUUUGUGGAUCCAAGAACGCAGGGUGUGCAAGAGGCUCGCCAGAGCUUGGAAUUGCGAUGCCUAGUAUUCUUUGAAAAUCAGCCUCAAACAUAA